AUGACAUCGGACGCACCCGAAGCACUUGAAGAAUUGGUCUUUGACACCAAAGGCGACGUCCUCCUCAUCUUAACUCGACACCCGGAGGGCAAAGAAAAAGGCAAAGACGUACCCAACGAGUCGGGAUCGUCGAAAAGAAAAUCUCCCGACGAUGUUUCCAAGAACGUUACUAUGCUUGUUUCUUCAAAGCAUUUAACGCUUGCAUCGCCCGUCUUCGAGAUCAUGCUCGGUGAUGGCAGAUUCAAAGAAGGAGUCGAACUGCUCGCCCAGGGCAAAGUCGAGAUUGAGUUGCCUGACGACGAUCCCGUUGCUCUUGCAAUUGUACUCAAUGUCAUCCACCACAUAAACAAACUAGUGCCCGAGGAGAUCGCUCUUCCGUUAUUGACUGAAGUGGCUAUUCUCACGGAUAAGAACCAGUUAUCCGAGACCAUGCGAUGGGUCUCAACCUCCUGGUUGUCUCGCCUAGAUGGAUGGUAUAAAUAUAGAGGAUCCCUCUACACGUUCCUCUUCAUAUCGUUGGCAUUUCGCAAUGCCCCCAUGUUUGCCAAUCUUACACUAGAAGCAAUCUGGCUCAGCAAUGAGAAUUUCGGUAGUGAUAUAAAAUCACAACAUCGUCUUCCCCGCUCAAUCAUCAAUGCAAUUAAAAAAGCCCGUAUACAAAUUCCCUCCGAUGUAUUCGCUGCACUGCACAAUUUUCUGGAACGAAAAAUUGAGCUUGCAUCAUAUUGCAACGAUCAAUCUGACGUAUGCGGCUUCAUGACCACCGGCUCCUUUCUAAAAAGUCUUGCAGUAAAUCGAUGUUGGCCAUUUCCUUCACCGCCAUAUAGCGGAAUAAACAUCCGAGACCUGCUGAACAAUAUUUCCAAAAUCGAGAUUCUUACUUGGUGCGAAGGGGAGGAUUUUGGUGACAUACAGGGAGCAAUAGAGCCUGGCAAGGGAUGCAUCAAUCGGCAGAUGUUUACAAAGAUGGUUCGUGCACGGAUCGAGGAGAUCAAAGAAAAUAUUACGGGUCUGGAUGUCGAGAACUUCCAGCGCGAAAUUAGGCGAAGGGGUAUCUGA